AUAAAUAAAUAAAUAAAAAUAAAAAAAAUCGCUUUUUCGACAAUUAUGAAAAUCGAAACUGCUUUAUAUUAAGCUCAGCUCAUUCCUCCUCCCAUUGAAAAUAUGCUUAAAUGUUAUCUUUUUGAUUACCGUGUAACCUCAGCAUGUUGUUAUUUUAUUUACUGCCGCCACUAUCUACAUUAUAAAAAUUCAUUUAAUGCUUCAACGUCUUGCGUUGUCAGUCAAAGAGGAUAACAAGGCAACACAAGAUAAAUAAAUACGACGAGCAAACAAUCACAUUAACUUUGCAUAGAUAUUGCAAGCCUCACUAUCUUAAAUAACUUGGAGAACUUGCUUAGCUUCAGUAUGGGUAGUUUACCUAAUCUCCAUGAAUUAGAGCAAAUGGAGCGCCGACGUGACAAACGUCGUGAACGUGAAAUGCGUGAACAAUUAGCACGAGAAACGAGUCGCGAACGUGAACGUUUCUCUCAGAAGAAGCAAACAUAUUUGACUGCCGUGGCAGUUAGUGGCAGUGGCAGUGGCAGUGGCAGUGGCGGUGGCGGUGGCGGUGGCGGCGGAAAUGGCGUUGCAGCUUCAGCAACUAGUGGCUUAAGCGGUCUACCUACAGCAAAUAGAUAUCAUGGGCAUACGGUGCACGCACCUCAUCGCAAUUCACUGACAAACAACAGACAUCGUGUGAUCCGUGCCCGGAGUUCAGGCGCUGCCCACAAUUUAUGGGAUGAACAAAUGUUGGAGCAUUUCUCUACUUGCUCGCCGAUAUCGACACGUUCGCAUCGCAUUAAUCCGGUCACAUCGUAUCAAAUUCAAGCAGCUUUAGCUGCCUCAAGGCGUCGAGAAUCUAUUAAUAGUUCUAUUGGGGCUACUUCAAUACGACGACUGAUAACUUUAAAUAAUCGCAACUGCCGUCACAAGGUACCCGCUCAUGUUAGACAAAAGGUUUGCAAAUGUUUCACGUUUCUAACUAUCGCUCAUGGUCUCAUUUGUGCCAUAUUAUUACCGAUCUUUGGCCUACAAGGCUCGAAUUCGAUAUGGCAUCAUCGUGAGCAAUGGCUACAAGUGGGACCAAAUAUUGGUUCGCUUCUCCUAAGCGUUUGUAUGCUUUUAUCUGCCGGCAUUUGUUUAAUAACACCAAAAUUGAUACGAAAAUUCGGUUAUACUGUCUUAAUAGGAGUAAAUUAUGCAACUAUUUGUGCGUUCCUGAUGUGUCAUUUAUACCCUUCAAUAUAUACCCUAUUGCCGGCAUAUAUCUGUUUAGGUUUAACGCAUAGUCCGGCAUGGGUAAGUAAAAUUGCUGUGGUAGUGCAUUACGGUAGUAAGCUGAGUUGCUCUCAGCACGAAUGCACUUUAAUGCCAGUAUUGGCUGUGGAUGCUUGGGAAGAGCAUAAAUUAUUUUGUAGUCGUGAUCAAAAAGUAAGACGUUUGGCUAGAUGGUUUCAAAUAGCAAAGGAUUUAGGUAUAAUUUUUGGCGCUGUAAUAUCAUCGAUGAUUCUGUCCUGCACUUCUAACGAUUGGAAUUGCCUCGACACUAAACAAAUUGAAAGCCUCAUCUCAACAGGUUCCAUUCAAAGUAAUCGGUCAGCUAGUCGCGGAAUUGCUGCCUGGCAGGGUUGGCCUUACAGUACAUCAACAAUAGUAUGGAAUCAGCAGCCUGGUUACUCAAAUGAAUAUUAUAUUUUGAAUGAGCACGGUACACGCAUUUGUGGAGCCGAUCAAUGUCCUAUAUGGCAUUUUGAUAUAAAUCAAACUUUAUACACGCCAUUCAUUAAGGAGUCGGCACGAGCCGGCGGUUCAAUUCUUAUCAUUAUUUAUUUGAUAUUGGCCGCGAUAUCAUUACUGUUAACCAUUUUAAUGGGAAAAAUUCAAGCAACUUUUCGCCACGAAAGACUGAAAGGCAUAACCGAUAGUCUACUAUUUGCCGGACCGCUGGCUUAUUUCGUAGGCACCGAACAAGGAUAUAUAUUAAGCGACUUUUUACGGGCUUUUGUCUCCUGCAGUUUGGGAAUAAGCAUGGUGUCGGGUGCUAUUGUCGCCAUGGGGAUUAUGCAAGCAAUCGUAUCAUGUACUUUAAGUAUGUUACUUAGGCAUACCAAACGUAUAGUAAUAAUAUUGGCCGCUUUCUUUUUUCAUUCGUGCUUACUGUUGGCUCUUUCCACCUGGAAGCCAUCGAGCGAUGAUAGCGCACUUUUCUACGUUUUGGCUGCGUCUUGGGGUGCUUGCAAUGGCAUAUGGGAAACUUUAUUACUUGCCCUCGUCACAUUGAAUCAUACAAAUCAUGUAGCUGAGGUCACGGCACCAUUACAAAGUCUUCGCUUUUUGGGCUUAGCGGUCACAUUUGCUGCACACGGUUUUAUGUGUGAGACGCCAAAAAUUAUAACACUCGUUGUAAUUUUAAUGUUAAGCGUACCGCCAUACGCUAUGCUGGAAAUACGCUUGGAAACUCAACGCAAAGCCCAUAUGAUGAAUUUAUGACAAAGUGUUUUCAGUUAGUCACGAUAUCGUACGGCCAUGACACGCACUCAUACAAUGUAAACGAAUGUGUGCUUAAAUGAGCAUAUUUUAAUUUCGAUGAACGAACGAAAGGUAAGCAAAAAAAAAAAGAAUGCCGUGAAAAUGAAACCAAAAA